AUGGCUGGGGUCCCAGUAACGAACUGGGGAUCUCAUUUCGCAGUUACCGGACGCAGGUGGUCUGUAAGCAGCACUUCUGCACUGACUGCUGUUGUUGCUGUUGCUGCUGCGUUGGGUGUCGUGUUCCUGCUGCUGUCCUGCGGAUUCGCCAUCUCGCGCAACGCCAAGGCCACCCAAGUGUGGGGCAGUCGCCGGCGCCUUUCAUCCAGAGAGGCUGAAGGACCUUGUGAACAAACUGCAUCCGGAGCAGCAGAAACAUCAGCAGGUGGUGAAGGUGCAGCAGCAGCAGCAGAUGGAGAAGGUGCAGCAGCAGCAGCAGAUGGAGAAGAUACAGCAGCAGCAGCUGUUGGAGGUGCAGCAGCAGCAGAUGGAGGUGGAGUAACAGCAGCAGAUGAAGAAGGUGCAGCAGCAGCAGCUGAUGGAGGAGAUGCAGGAGCACCUGCAACCGACGUAGCCAGGGGCCAGGAAGUUUCCACUUCCCCAACAGAAUCUACUCUCGAUCCAAUGGCCGCUCCGUUCAUUCCUAGAGGCGUCGGUUAUGCAGCUGGAGGCGCUGGCGAAGGGGGCAGAGCAGCAGGUGGAGACCCUGCGGCUUCCGCCGUUUCUUCUUUGGAGGCGACUGCGUCCGGAAUAGCCGAAGGAACCGCAGCAGGAGCACCAGCAGCAGGAGAGGCAGCUGCAGCAGUAGGAGAGCCAGCAGCAGUGCAAGCUGGAGGAUUGCCUGAGGCGACAAGGGGGCGUGGGGAAGAGCUGCCGCCUCGGCUGUGGGAAGCCGGCGUGGAGAGGGCAGUAGGACACUUUCCUUUUUUGGGCACCUUUGUGACUCGCGUUAGAGAGCUUGCGGAUUACUUUCGGGUUCACUCAGGCUACCUUUCGCGGCAUCAUGCACAGCUUGUAGGGAAGCAGCUGUUGCGGCACUGUUUAGUCGAGCUUGCUGCAGUAGCGCCUCUCCUCUGCACGGAAGAGGGUAGGCUGUGGGAUGGGGCCGUAAGGGCGCUCCUCCGUCUUGGUGCGGAUUUGGGUGGCCGCUACGAGAGGUCGCUACAGAAGGCUACUGCCUUGGACUGUCUUCUGCGUGCGUUGCACCAACUGCGGCGAGAAAAUGGCGUCGAUAUCCCUCGUGUUGCGAUUCACGCCAGAGUGCAAGUAUCAAAGCAGAUUCUUCCUGCAGCAGGUGCAGCUCUGCGGCGUAUGGCCACUGCUAUAAAUACGCUGCUACAGAGCCUCCAAGGCAACCCACUUUCAGUUCCCCCCAGUAUCGCAACGACCCAGGCCGCUGUUAUGGAUGCAGUUACCGAGGAGAGGCUGCUGCAGCUGUUGGUUGACAACGAUAUUUCGUAUGUGCUGGCACAACUGCAAGGCUCCUGCUGCCACCCCGGAACCAUAUUCGACCAAGCCCAUGUUGCACGUUCUCAGAAGAAGUAUUACCCGGAUUAUGCGCACCCAAAGGCCCACAAUAUCGACUUAGCAGCAGAGGCAGCAGCGGCGAAAGCAGCAGCAGCAGCGAAGGCGCUCGUGCAUCCGGUAACAGCAAUAGCUGGCGAUUCUGCCCCCGAUGCACCAGAAUCCGAAGAAGAAAUUGCGGCAGCGGUUUCAGAGGGAGAGACCGCGCUUGGGCAGCUCACUGGGACGGGGCCGGAGCAGGAACAGGGCGAGCAGCAGCUGCCACAGCCACAGCAUUCUGUACUGGAGCGGCAACUGCUGCAACCGGGUGCUCCAGCACAGGGGGGGGGAUUGAAGGAGGAGGAGGCUUUAAGAUUUGGCCUCGCUUUGCCGCCCUUUCCUCCAUAUCCCCACCCCAUGUUCGUCCCUGUUCUUGCGCCUGGCUCGCCUGCCCUUCAGCGGCUGCCCUCUACAGUAGCUAAGAGUUCUUUCUUUCCGCAGCCGCGUCUUCAGGUGGGGCACCAGCAGCAGCAACAGCACUGGGGACCCUACCCCCGGCAACAGCAGGGAGCGCAAGUUUCAAGGUAUCCGCUGCAACAACAGCCGCAGCAUGAGGUUGCCUGGGGUCCCUUCCUGCAGCAGCAGCAGCAGUCGUCAUGGCGAUCGGAGCAAUUCCCGCUGCAACAGCAGCGCCUGCUACUUUGGUGGCCCCUCCAGCAGCACCCGCGGCCUUGGAAGCCCUCCCAUGAUCACCAACGACCCACGAGGCCUUGGGUGCCCUUCCCUCCGCAGCAGCAACACGCGUCGCCUGUGUGGCCCACUCCUCAGCAAGAGCAGCAGAUGCAGACAUGGGUGCCCUUCUUUGAGCAGCGCCAGCGCGCGGGACGGCAUGGGCCCUUCCUUCAACAGCUGGAUGUGGAACCCUUGGGAUCGUUUCCUCAGCAGCAGGAGCAAAGAUAUGGUCAGGAGGCCUUCCCUCAACAGCAACAGGGAGGAGAACAUUGGGGGCCGUCCCCACCGAAACAGGAACCAGGGGAACUUUCGGGCCCCUUUCCUCAGCAACCCUCGCCAGGGAAGCAUUUUGGCCCUGCGCUGCCUCAGCAGGAGCUGGAACUUUUGACGUACGCUGCGGGGUCUGACGCGGCCGAGGAAGGUUCGGACCUUUCCGUAGGAUUGUCUGGGGCCGCUGCAUACGUUGCCUCUCUCCUUUCCGACAGCAGCUCCGAUGAGUUGGAUCCGCAUGAACAAGAGACAGGCAAAGGCAGUGACAGUCCUGACAAUGCAGGAGAGAGGGGAUUGCUUCCAGCAGCCGAUUUCAGCGCGCCAGCCAUAUUGUUAGUGCCAGGCAACACGCCGGGUCACGGCGCGCAUCUGCCGCCGCAGCAAGAGCAGCAAGAGCAAGAGCUCCAGGGUGUUUCUGGCGUGUUUCAGAGCACGGAUUACACCGUACCGACAGCACCAUACGGGCAAACAGGUGAUAACUAUGCGCAGCUGCCGUCGCAGGAGCGAGAGCCGCAGCCAGUUUCUGGUGCUGCUUGGGUUUGGCCGGACGUCACGAACAACAUCCGAGAGGACAUUUUUCGAGGAUCCUUUGGUGCGACUCCACAUUCAGCACAAAGCCACGCUUCAGCUGGAGCUACACCUCAGACACUGCAGCGGACUCCCGCAGGUAACCACCUCUAUGCCGACGCUGUGAAGAGUGGAUCCCAGCGCAAACCGGAGAGCUCAUCGGGUAAAUAA